GAUGGUCCGCGAGGUGCGUGGGGAGCGGAGUGAGAGUAACAGAGAGAGAGGGAUUGGGACCGACUGAAGGAAUGAGAGAGCGGGGUGCUCAGGUAAAGCGAGACCAGGACGCAGCGAGGGAGGCUGAGAGAGACACCGAACGAAAAGAGGGAGACGGAGUGAGAAAGGGGGAGGCUUGGAUGCUGGGAGGCGGCGGCCAUGUUGCCUAUCUCGAGAGAAGAGAGAACUCCGAGGACCGAGCGCCAAGGUUCGUUCGUUGCUUGCAGCGGCGGAUAACUUUAGUUUCAAAUACUCCUAACAGCCUCUUCAGCUUCGCAUCGCAAAUUUCGGUGUGAAUUUUGAAAUUUCUCUGUGUUAAAAAACGCGUGUUUCCUGCACCCCCUGUGCCGGUGAACCAGUAGUGAAUCGGUAGCAGGACCGGAAGGGGACCUACGGCAGAGGGAGAUGGAUAGUGAAACGGGUUGAAGAAGUGACAGUGCGUGGAAAUUAAUGUGAUAAUCCAAUUCGGGUGAUAUUUGAAUUUGGAUGAUAUAUGAAUUCGGGUGAUUGAUAUUGGAGAAUUUGGUGUUGGAACGAGAGAGGCAGAAAAGACCGGUGAUUGUUGGAGGAAAAAAAGUGGGUGAGGUGCAAUUGUCGGUGGUUCGCCGUCGGAUAAAACAAUCAGUUGGGCCUUACUAUUAAAGCGCGGGUGAAAGUGUUGCAGCCUCGGGUGCCGCGAGAAUGAUAUCAUCCGCGGAGAUGUGAUCCGGAACUCAGGAGGGACGCUCAGUAGUUUGUAGUUUCGUCCCCUACCCCCCGGGUCCGCCCAUAUCAGUCACAACCCCCCACCCACACAUCCCUCCCGAAGUGCACCUGAUACAACCACUUUGCGACAACUCCCUCCUAAUGCAACCUGGACAAGUGGUUUUCACCUACUUCUCUCAAACUUAUGUGCCAUAUACUCAGCAUCCUGUGAUAAAGAACCCCAGAUCUCGAAACGUCAUCGUGCCACCUUUAGAAAUAGAAGUAGGACAGGAUUUUGCAAGCAUCUUUAGAAAGACUUGAGUCACCUUGAAGCCAAGGUCAAGGUCAUUUGAAGAGCACAUGAGCGAUCUCACCAAGGAAGAGGUGAAGAAUUUAGUCCGCAGAAUGUCUACCUGUGCGGACGAAGCUGAAAACACACCCCUGCAUAUGCAGGAGGAUUUAUCUCCGAAACAGGAGGGACCCGUUUCGCCGGCGUCCUCUCUGAGCAAUCAAAAUCAAAAUGACAACGAACAGGUAAUGCUCGCCACAAUGCAACCAGUGAAUGUUCUUGACCUUCACGACCCGCCAGGACAUCCACUACAUCUCAAAUACCACCAUCAUCACCACCGUCAUCACCAUCACCACCAUCAUCAUCCGCAGCACAUCCAACAGGAUGACGAUCAUUCUCGUGAUGACCAGGACGACCGCGUCACGCCUGAGUCAGUUGGUAGCAAUCAGAACCUAACAGUUGGCGAACACAAAAUGAUAGAUCUUAUCUACAAUGAUGGCCAAAAGACAGUUAUGUACACUCACGAUAAAGAGAUCAUCUACGAGAAUGAAGCAGAUCGGGUCCAGGUUGUUGAAUAUCCACCACCACCUCCUUCACCACCUUCCCCAUCGCCACCAACAUCAAGAAGUGGAUUGGUGCCAAUCAAUUGUGCCACUCCAAGACAAGCAACUGCCCUGCAUUUACAUCAUUAUCCGCAGUUGCAAUUACAACAUGAAGAUGACCUGCCAAGAGGAGUUUCAGGCGGAUCGAAUGUUUCCAAUUGCUCAGCUGCAACCACGACAACCACUGUUUUGGUCCUUUCGGAACUUGUGGCUGCUGAUCCAGGCGCAAAUGGACAACAACUAACGCUCACUCCUGCUUCUCUUCGUGCUGGAAGACGAAGUAGAGGCGAGGAGGAUUCUGGUGGAGUUCCCGAAGACAAUCAGUCAGGUUACGGGCCAGUGGGGGGACAGCGUGAGCCCGAAGACGAGGAAGAUUUAGGCUCCGAGGAGGCACAGUCCCUGCAAAACGCGACCGGGGUCCAGGGUGCGGCCGAACCCGGCGACCCGGAAGUCCACAAAAGGGUCGCGGCCGUGCAGGUGCAGGUGCAGGGUAUGGAGGGCGACUGGCGGGCCUACUGCGAGCAUCCGCUUUCGGUGGCCACUGCAGCCAUGCUCAAUCUUCAGCAACAGCAUCAGGUAUCAGCCGUGUCUGGUCACGGCGAUGAUCCUGCUGCCUCCUACGUUUACGAGUACUACAAACUUCCCGAAAAAGCGUCCGAUGUCAAACUACCGCCCACGCAUGAACUCUGGACCACGGGUGUGAUGGGCCAGAAGCUGCUCGUGCAGGAGGCGCCGGGUGCAGGCUCGACGAAUCGCAUGGAAGCUGGUGAAGGUGCUGGUGGAGGGGAACUUCAUCACUUCCUCCACCAGUACAACCAACAGUCCCAUAGUCCUGGGCAGAACCUCCAGGGUGGUCUUCCACUUCCUCUGAGUCCGCAAUCCUUACGUCACGACGGUUCCUCCAGUGCGGGAAUCACAGGGGUUAAACGGGAGCCUGAAGAUCUCAGCUCCUCUCGUGGGGCUCAACAGUCCAGCAAACGUCACAAACAGUCCCAACCGGACAGUCCGACGCCGCCGGGAAUGUACCAUCAUCAUCAGCACCAGCUACAGGUACAGCAAUACGGAAGUCCAUACGAUCCAUAUUCCUCCUGCAGCCCUAGACUACAAUCAGCAGGCUAUUCGUCAGCCUCGGCGAACUCGGCAGGCAAUGGAUCAAAUUCUACAGGACUUCAUCAAGAAGGAACAGCAGUUUAUGUAACUGGAGACCAACUUCCACCAUUAGCUUCUUCGAGCUCGUCUUCGCUUUCGACAACGACUGCAUCGUACACGAGGUACGAAGUUGUACCCAGCUCUUAUGCUACGACACACGCUAUUCGCUCAUCAUCAAGCAGCAGCAAAGUCUUGACUGUUGAUCUUCCCAGCCCCGACUCGGGGAUCGGCGCCGACGCUGUCACCCCCAGGCAAGAUCAUCAUCCCCCAACAGCUCUCCACCAGUCCUCGUUCGAUUAUACGGAACUCUGCCCGGGAGGAAACUCAACAGGUGCGGCGGUGGUUCUCGAGAGUGGAGCUGUAAUUCACCACCAACCCCUGCAAUUACAAUUACAACAAGGUCACGCUCAAUCUCAAGUACAGAGAAGUGGACUCGUUUCAGGAGGCGCAACUACCCCGAAUCCUAACCCCAAUCCUCCAAGGUCACGACCUUGGCACGAUUUCGGACGCCAGAAUGAUGCAGACAAAAUACAGAUACCAAAAAUCUACUCGGCCUACGGCUUCAAAUACCACCUGGAGUCGCCAAUCAGCACGUCGCAGCGCCGCGAGGACGACAGAAUAACCUACAUCAACAAGGGGCAGUUUUAUGGCAUCACUCUGGACUAUGUGCCCGAUCCGGACAAACCUCAGCUCAAACCGGGCCAGACUGUCAAGAGUGUGGUCAUGUUAAUGUUCCGAGAAGAGAAAAGUCCAGAGGAUGAAAUAAAGUCGUGGCAGUUCUGGCAUGCAAGGCAGCAUUCUGCAAAGCAACGGAUUCUUGAUGCUGAUACAAAAAACAGUGUUGGUCUUGUGGGAUGUAUCGAAGAAGUCGCACAUAAUGCUAUUGCAGUAUACUGGAAUCCUCUUGAAUCAUCGGCCAAGAUAAACGUUGCUGUUCAAUGUCUAAGUACCGACUUCUCAAGUCAAAAGGGUGUCAAAGGACUGCCCCUGCACAUUCAAAUAGACACUUAUGAGGAGCCACCAUCACAUGCUCAUUCAUACACCCCACCAUCUCACCGGGGUUACUGUCAAAUCAAAGUCUUCUGCGAUAAGGGAGCGGAGAGGAAAACUCGUGACGAGGAGAGGCGAGCAGCAAAGAGGAAAAUGACAGCAACAGGGAGGAAGAAGUUGGACGAGCUUUACCAUUCGGUGACGGAAAGGAGUGAAUUCUACUGCAUGGCUGAUCUCCACAAACCACCAGUGUUGUUCACCCCACCAGCGGAACAUUCCAUCGACAAGUUUUCGACGAUGGAGUUGUCGGGAUUCUACGGAGGUGGCGGUGGAGGGGGCGGGGGUGACACGGAUACCUCGUCCCUUAGUAACGGUGAGGGUGGAGGAUUAAAGGCUGGGAGUAGCAGCCCUUAUCCUGCAUGCGGAGGCAGACCGAGCCUGCCAGCCCUCAAGUUCCACAAUCAUUUUCCACCCGACAAUCUCAGUUCCCUUCACGACAAGAAGGACUCCUUGCUGAUGCAGGUCCAGGAGCUACAAGGUUCGGUACUCCAGGGAGUCCAGCCGCAAGGUCUAUCAGCUGGAUCAGUAUCCGGAUCAGUUGGUAACAGGCUACACAUACCCCAACAACAUCUCCGAGGAAGUGAAGCUGAGGAACGUGUCAUGCUCUAUGUUCGCCAGGAAACCGAUGACGUAUACACACCACUGCACGUCACACCGCCUUCUGUUCAAGGACUUCUCAAUGCUAUUGAGUCAAAGUACAAAAUUGCAUCCUCGAGUAUUAAUAACCUCUAUCGCAAAAACACAAAGGGAAUUACAGCGAAAAUUGAUGAUGACAUGAUUCGCUAUUACGUGGACGAGGACCUCUUCCUAUUUCAGGUUAGCCACGCCCGAGUAAAGCCCGAUUCUGAGACCGAUCGAAAUCACAAUCCGGGAUCGCCAAAUGAUCCAGAUACAGGGGACCCCCCUAAUCCCAUCUAUGACAUUACGCUCAUCGAGCUACCAACCUCGCCAAUUCAACUUCCGCCUUCACCCAUCGCCCCCUCUGCGCAUGCGCACCAACACGUCCACUCACACAUGCACGACGCAGGAAAUACGUGAACGUCCCCGGCCGCAAUUUGUAAAUAAGGAACAAAAUAGAUCUCGAAGAUCGUCAAAAUGGCGCCAAAUUUAAAAUUAGCGCCAAAUUCAAAUAGUGGAGCCAAUCAGAAGGCGCGAUUUCACGGUGAACCGAAUGUAAAUCGCCACUCUUAAGGGUGAAAACUUUCGAGUGAAGUUGACUGUUAUAAAAUCCACUAGCUAAAUGGACCUGUCAUUGUCAAGCCAAGCAAUUAUUGCCCUCUCCAUAAGAUAGCUCAUAGAUAAUUUAGAUAGAUAGCUCAGAUCAUAUAGACAAAUCAAUCAAAAUUGGUUUUAGAUCCGUUACGUUUUAAGACUACGUAUGACGUAAAUGUAUGAAAUUUUCAUGUUAGUCUUAAAAAUCCUCUUUUUGUGUAAGCCUUUUAUAAGAAUGAGAGAAAGAGAGUGAGAGAGUUACAUUAAAGUUUAAGAGCGUUAGAGUUUAAAAUUUUGAUG